AUGCUAACUUGUUUCCAGACUUCUGUUAGCAUCAGGCCAACUGUGAAGAGUAGCCCUGAUGCUCCUAAGCUGGCUCAGGAGAGGCUUAAUAAGAUGGGACCUAUGUCUAAGAAUGAGUUGAUCAUGGCUGCUACUUUGUUUCCCACUGUUGGCCUUUGGGUCUUUGGAGCUAAGUUGAGUGUAGAUGCUGUGACUGCAGCUAUUCUUGGAUUAUCAGUGCUUCUUGUGACUGGUGUUGUGACAUGGAAAGAGUGUUUAGCUGAGUCAGUGGCGUGGUUCGCUGCUCUUAUUGUAUGUUUGGGUAUCUUAACAAAUACGGUCUCCUUGUCAAGCUUGUGGGGGGAUUGGGUUUGUCAUGGCAACUAUCUUUUGCAUGUUGAGGUGUGA